AUAAAAGCACGAAUAUUUGUGUACUGGUACUUUAUAUAUUUUGAAUUGAUGCUAAGAAAAAAUUGAAAAUGACAACUAUACUAAUAGAACCACACUCCGAUGAGCCAAACACAAAUAGCGACAUUGACCUUUUACGGUCGGAACAAUCAAGUCAUAGAGACACCGAACCAUUACAGCCUGAGACGCCACAAAUGAGAUGGUCGGAUAGAGUUCGACUAAAUCAGCCGCAAUCAAACUCUAUUGUAGCAGCCGCAUUUAUAUUCAUGUCAGGCGGUAUGCACAUAGCUUACACUUUUAUUCCUCCCGAUACCCAUACUUCCACUGCUUGGUUUGUUGGCGCUAUUAUUGGUACUAUUAUAGGCUCAACAGUUUGUGACUUUCUUGGAAAAAAACUAUUAUUUCUGCUAUCAGCGUGUUUUGUAAUACUUGGUGGCGUGCUAUUAGUAUCGCUUCCAAAUAAUAAUGGCGCAUUGUUAGCUGGACGUUAUAUAGACGGGUUUGCCAGUGGACUUCUGUUUGCACCCUUACUAGUCUUAGCUGGGGAAGAAUCAGUGAAAAGUUUGCGUGGCAUGCUUGCUGCGUUGCACGAAACGGAUUCAUUUGCAUUGGGCAUUUUUGUAUAUUUCAUACCUAUCUCCACAGGGUCGUCAAAUACAGACCAAUCACUUACUUCAGAACAGACGUUAGGAAUAGUGAGCAUUUUUUAUGGCAUAAUGCCAUUAAUUAUUAUUUUCUUCUAUUUUGUGGAAUCUCCUGUGUAUCAUUUGGUUCAUAACGAUGAAAAUCAAGCAAUUGAUUCUCUUCGUCGUCUACAACGCCCACUUGUAAUUACCAGCGAAACUUAUCAACAGUUGGAAGAACAUAAGGCAUAUGUAGCACACAACAAGGAGAUGUCACUUUUACAGAGUAUAGUUUAUGGUUUACCAGCUCUACUAAAGCUUUGUCUAUUUCGUAGUGUGGUAGCUUUAAGUUUUUCAAAAAUGACAUAUUAUGCAUUUGCUACGGCUUCAUUGAUUGGUUAUAGUGCUGAAACAUGGACACUUAUAGUUAUGGGUUUGCUGCGUUGGUUAGGUGUACUUAUUAGUACACAUAUAAUAGACACAGUUGGACGAAAGAAAGUAGUGCUAAUCGGCGCUAUUGUAUGUGGAGGAAUGGCAAUUGGAAUAGGAAUAAUUAUGGAUACGCCCCAAAAUUUGAUGGAUGAGGAUAAAAUGAGAAUACUUUUGUACUUGUAUUUCGUGUUCCAGUUUUUCGCUGGUAUCUGCAUAGCUUCCAGUUCAGCAUAUCUGAGUGAAGCGUUUCCAUUGGUUGUUAAACCUUAUUAUAUUGGAAUUGCCUUCAUUGUUGAACUGCUGGUGCAAAUUAUAUGUUUAACUGCUUUUGACUUCACUGACACUGCUUCCUAUUUCUAUGUUACUGCAGCGAUCUUUUUGGCUUUAUUCUUGUAUGGAUUAUUAACACUUCCAGAAACGAAACACGACACUCUGCUUGAAGCUCAAAUAAAAUUUAAGCAAUUACUCCACUCAAGUUAUUUGAAUUAAUUUCGAGUUCUGUGUUAAUUGUAGAUUUAAUAAAUGUAAGUGACUUUACAGUAUCGUGUAAAUUUAUAAAGAUUUUUAUACCAUAUAUUUGAAUUUAAAAUAAAAUUAAAAUUAU